CCGUCUCCCAUCCAGGCACAUUUCAAGUACUAUGUACAAAGACAUCAUAUUUCAGCGCCACAUGGUGGACAGAAAUCCACAUCAUCACUUCGCGACACAUUUACGAGUCGUUGGAAAGAAAUCGGUCCAACUAUCCCGGCAGUUCUUGAAGAGGCGAUGAAAGGCAAAGCACAUUUUCAGUCUUGGAUGUAGCCUCCUCUCACAGUCGGAUGUAGAUCACUGUUACUGAAGGAAUUUAGUGAACUCGUAGAUCUGGCCAGUCGUCAGCGUGACAGACCCACUGCUGUCGCCGUGUUUCGCUAGCUGGCUCACGCAAAUAUUGGUUGCUAUCGUUAAAUGCAUUGUACUAACGACAGGGGAUAGCCAACCGGCUAGCUAAUUGCCUUCUCCGUGUUAGCAUGUUAGCAAUGCUAGCGCUAGCUACCUUCGCUUAGCCACAGAGUUGUUGUGUUGGUGGGAAACCAGAUUGGAAAAAAGCGGAGAUAGCAUCGCAGGCUUUAGCAUUGGACACAGCAGGACUCGGAAGAUUUCAUCAUUUACAAUUGGAGUGAAAAAUAGACGCAUGCAAACGAGUUUGUUUCUUCGUUUCCAAGUUUCCAAGACAAUUCCAGCCCUCUUGGUAGGGACCAGCCUGGAGGGGACUCAAACACAGACACAAUCCAUGCCAAGCCCUUCUCUUCGUCAGACAGCCUAGUGAAGGUUCAGGAGGUAGCAAGCUGGCUAUUGGAAAUGAACCAGGAUCUGCUGUCGGGGGGCAGCAGCAGCAGGCGUCGGCGGGGCGGUCCCGGGGGUCCUGCGGCGCAAGGUAACGCCCCCUCGGCAGCCCAGACGCCCCAAGCAGCGGCUGAGGAGGGCGAUGAAGACGAGCACAUGAACAGGGUGGUGGUGGAGGAGGAAGAGGAGGAACAGCAGCCGCAGCAGCCCCAGCUGCAGCUCAGGGCGGCGGUCGACGGGGAGCGGGAGGAGCCAUGGGCGCCCGGCGAGUCGGGGGUCAGCAACGGCCGGCGAGACGGGGCCGCCGAGGAGGGGGGCGAGGAGCCCCGCCGCCAGGAGGCCCCCGCCGACGGGCGGGCCGAAGGAGGGGAGAAAGGAGCCCGCUGGAUGUGGGGGGAGGACCGGCCGGGCGCGCAGGGCGAGCCGUCGGUGGGCGAGCCCGAGGACGAGGGGGAGGAGGAGAACAACAACAGUAGCAACCAGCGGGAGGAAGGGGAGGAGAGGACAGAGGGGGGCCGGAGGGAGGAGGGGGACGACGACGAGGAGGAAGAGGAGGACGAGGAGGAGGAGAUGGACCAAGACAGUGAUGACUUUGAACAAUCUGAGAGCGGGAGGGAGGAGGAGGAGGAGGAGGAGGAAGAGGAGGACGUUGAGGGAGAGGAUGGACUGCGCUCUCCCUCCCUCAGGAACAAUCUUUCUGUCCACAGCCUGGACUCGGGUCGCACACACCAAAGCUCGCCUAACAAAAAGAAGAUGAAGAGGAAGUUGGACCAUGGCCCCGAGGUCCGAUCUUUCCCUUCUGGUAAAAAACCCUGUAAAGGCACAGAGUAUCCAAGCCCAACGGGGAUAGUCCCAUGCCCGGCCACGCCCACCACGUUUGGCCACAUCAGAACAGCCAACGGUCAGGGGACACAGAGACGGCGAAUCACCUCCAUCCAGCCACCCACGGGUCUCCAAGAAUGGCUCCGGACAUUUCAGAGCUGGAGUGGCCCGGAGAAGCUGAUGGCGCUGGAUGAGUUGAUCGACAGCUGUGAGCCCACGCAAGUCAAGCACAUGAUGCAAGUGAUCGAACCACAGUUUCAGCGAGACUUCAUCUCCCUGCUGCCCAAAGAGCUGGCCUUGUAUGUGCUGUCAUUUCUGGAGCCAAAGGACCUCCUCCAAGCGGCCCAGACGUGUCGCUACUGGCGCAUCCUGGCCGAGGACAACCUGCUGUGGAGGGAAAAGUGUCGAGAGGAGGGGAUCGAUGAACCCUUGCUGCUCAAGAAGAGGAAGGCGGCAAAGCCCGGCUUCACCCACAGUCCGUGGAAGAGUGCCUACAUCAGGCAACACAGGAUAGACACCAACUGGAGGAGAGGGGACCUGAAAUCACCCAAGGUGCUGAAGGGUCACGACGACCACGUUAUCACAUGCCUCCAGUUCUGCGGCAACCGUAUCGUCAGUGGCUCUGACGACAACACGCUCAAGGUCUGGUCGGCUGUCACGGGGAAGUGUUUGCGGACCCUGGUUGGCCACACGGGCGGCGUGUGGUCGUCCCAGAUGAGGGACAACAUCAUCAUCAGCGGCUCCACCGACCGCACGCUCAAGGUGUGGGACGCGGAGACGGGAGAAUGUAUCCACACCCUCUACGGGCAUACCUCAACAGUACGCUGCAUGCACCUGCACGAGAAGAGGGUGGUGAGCGGCUCCCGUGACGCCACGCUGCGCGUGUGGGACAUCGAGACGGGCCAGUGUCUGCACGUGCUCAUGGGCCACGUGGCGGCGGUGCGCUGCGUGCAGUACGACGGGCGCCGCGUGGUCAGCGGCGCCUACGACUUCAUGGUCAAGGUGUGGGACCCGGAGACGGAGACCUGCCUGCACACGCUGCAGGGACACACCAACCGGGUGUACUCGCUGCAGUUUGACAGCAUCCACGUGGUGAGUGGCUCCCUGGACACGUCCAUCCGCGUGUGGGACGUGGAGACGGGGAACUGCAUCCACACGCUGACGGGCCACCAGUCGCUCACCAGCGGCAUGGAGCUCAAGGACAACAUCCUGGUGUCCGGCAACGCCGACUCCACCGUCAAGAUCUGGGACAUCAAGACGGGCCAGUGCCUGCAGACCCUGCAAGGGCCCCACAAGCACCAGAGCGCCGUGACGUGCCUGCAGUUCAACAAGAACUUUGUGAUCACCAGCUCGGACGACGGCACCGUCAAGCUGUGGGACCUGAAGACGGGCGAGUUCAUCCGCAACCUGGUCACCCUGGAGAGCGGCGGCAGCGGCGGCGUGGUGUGGCGCAUCCGGGCCUCCAACACCAAGCUGGUGUGCGCGGUGGGCAGCCGCAACGGCACCGAGGAGACCAAGCUGCUGGUCCUGGACUUUGACGUGGACAUGAAGUGAGGCGGCGGCGGCGGCGGCAGCAGCAGCAGAAGAGGACGAAGAAGUGGGGAGGAAGAGACCCAGGGGGGGCGGAGGAGGGCGUGUGGAGGAUGGAAACGCACACACACACAAACACACAAUACAGAGCAGGGUGUAUGGGGCGUGGGGAGCGGCCGGGGGGGGGGGGGGGGGGGGGAGGUAGGGUGAAGUGGGGAUGCUGGGAAGAUUUGAAAAGCUCACCCCAAAUCGACACUAGCCCGGCGCUCGCCUCGGCCGGUUCUCCCCCCCCCCACCCCCCACCCCCCCCCCAAGCCUGUCCACACUACUGUCCGGCAGUCUGGUUCCCUCCAGGAAGACCACCGGUUGGAACCGCCCUUCCUGUCCUCCUAUUGGCCAACCUAACUGAGGAGGAGACCCACCCAGCUGCCAUCCACUGACCGCCACUCAUCUAAGCCGCCGCACUCGCCUGCAUGAGAUCAGAGAGGAGGGGGUCGACCCGGCAUGGGAGGUGGCGGAGGAGCCCUGAUUGGUCAACGCCCCCCUCCUCCUCCCCCCCCACCCACCCGCCCCUGAGGAAGAGGAGGAGCAUGACGAGCAAGAGAGUGACUCUUCUGAAGUCAACGGCUUCACUGAGACUUUCCUUCACAUAAAGCUGACAGACAGGAUGCUGAGAUGUAUAAAGAUAUAUUAUUUUCUAUCCUUCCCUCCCUCCCUCUCCCCUCCACCCCACCCAUGCUUGACAGACAGUCACACACACACACACACACACACACACACACACACACACACACACACACACACACACACACACACACACACACACACACACACACACACACAGACACAGACAGACACAAGCACAGACAUACAGUCAGACACACACAGUCACACACAAGGUCACACAAGCAACAAAUGGUACACAGGAGAUUGAGAAAGGGGAACUAUUCUAGGAGCAGAUAUGUUUGGUGGGGAAAGGUGGUGCACACACACACUCUCUUGUUUCAAAAACUAGGUUAAGGAGAAGGGUUGGGGGGUUAUACAGUUGGCCCCCGCCCACUAACUUGUCACUCCAGUUCCGUUUGGGGGUUUUUCCGUUUUUAUUUACGCACAUUAUUUUAAUUUUUUCUCCCUCGUGUUUUUAUUUUGUCACACAAUAUCACACCAAAACACAACUGUGAAUCGCGUUUCAACGUUCAGUUCAGCAUAAGAAAAAGGAAGCCUUUUCCUCAGUCUCACGGUUGCCCAUGGCAACGCAUGGCAGUAUUAGAGCCUACUCCGCUGUUAUUAUAGUUUUUGACACAAUGGGUUUUUUUCGGGGGCGGGGGGGGGGGGUGGGUGCGCAAGUUUGGGAGCUCAGUCUCCUCAUGAACACGUGCUGUCCAGGAUUUUCAAAAAGGGUUCAGGUGUCUCCUCAGACGGCCUGCUGUGGUCGGAGGAAGUGAAGUCAGAGGAAGUGAGUUUUUUUCCGAAUACCCCCACCCCCUUCUUGCCCCCCACCUCUCCCUGCUCCUCCCCCUUCCCAAGUACUGUGUUUCUUGUUUUGUUUUUGUUUUUUACCAGUGGCCAAACUGUAUUUAUGCUGCUAGAUGGACGGAACAGAGGAUUGAACUUUUACUUGCUGUGACGUUUUAGUCCCAGGCGAAAUUCCAAGGUGAACUCAUUUAGUUUGGACUUUUUAAAAAAGACAUGGAGGACAUGCAGAAAAAUAUAAAAUAAAACGAGCAAAUAGGAAAACAAAACGUGACAGAUACCAUCCCGGGUUGUUUGUGUUUUGUUUGUUGGUGGGUUUUUGUUGUUUUUUUUGCAUUGUUUUCUUUGUUUGUUUAUUUGCCACUGAAACUUGAGCCAAACGUGCCUCCACGAGGCUGGAUGUCCAACAGACAGGAGAGCCGAGAGGUCGAGACGAGGUGAUGAGUAAGAGGGCUGCGUGUCUGUGUGCGUGCGUGUUUGUGUUUGUGGGUGCGUGUGUGUGUUAGAGUGUUUCUGGGCAAACCUAAACGCAUUCCUUGGGUCGAGAGCUCUGACGGCCUGCUCUUGAGGGGAAAUUACAAACGGCACUUGGCAGAAGAGAUCAAAUGGAAAAAAGGAAAAAGAUUGUUUUUCUUUUUCUUUUACCGGUUCAAAAGUCCCGGUGAGUUCGCAUCCCAAAAACAGCGGACGCCAUCGCGAGCAUAUAGAGACAAAACGCCAGGAGUCUACGUGCUCACGGGGACGCGCCGGUUAUAGUGUCACAUGCUUUUUUUGAGCGGCUCCAACGCAACAAGUGAUCUCGCCGAGCAGUGACCGAGCGAACGGGAGGCGCUCGGGGAGUCAGAGCGAGCGGCCUCCAUCCCACCCCCUCCCCCCCAGGAAUCACAAGGCGAGCUGAACUGUGAAAGUGGUAUAACACUGUAUAUUAAACAAAGGAAAAAAAGAAAACGAAUCUUGCUCUGGAUCUUCUACCUGGUUUUCUCCCUCUGUUUAAUUUAUGGUCCGGUUUGAGAAAUCACAUCUGCUUUGCAGGUGUUACGAUGUUGUUCAUUUUUUUUUGUUUUUUCUGGUUCAUGUAAACUGCCUGGCAAAAAAAAGAACAGACAGUAAAAAAACCUUAAAGGGAUUGUGUAUUUGUUUGAUUUACUUAGAAUUUUUAUUUUCUUAUAACUUAAGUGCAAUAAAACGUGGGUUUUUCUUUUUCAUUGCAA